AUACAUAAAGCGAUUGUAAAGAGGAAGGAGGAUCGCGAUUGAGUGAUCAUUUGUCAUUGAUCUCUCAUCACUUCGAGGAAAGAUGUGAAACACUUGAGUGUCACUUGAUAUCUAGGUUAGAUGUAUUCAGUCGACAGCCUUACAUGUCGUGUAAGACUUAGUUUUAUUUUUUAAUUGAUGGGAUAUUUAAAUUUACCGGACAUUAUGUGGGUAACUGUAGCCAUUGUUCUUGUAUUUGUCGGUCUACUUUGGAGUCUGACUGGACGACGUAGAGGUCUACCACCAGGUCCGCCAUGUUACCCAAUCGUCGGAAAUCUCGGAUGCAUAAAACCGUCAGAUUCCACAGAAGCACACAGGAGAUUGAGGAAGAUUCACGGAGACAUUUAUACCGUGAUGAUCUUCCACAAACCGGUGAUAGUCGUCCACGGAUUUCAUCACAUACAAGAACUUUUUGUUAGAUUUGGCUAUAUGUUUUCUGAUCGACCAAAGGUUUAUUUUUCAGAAGUUGUUACAAAAGGAAAAGGUGUAAUCUGGACAUCUGGUGCACUAUGGAAGGAACAAAGAACAUUCGUGCUGACAACGAUGCGUAAAUUUGGAUUCGGGAGACGCUGCAUGGAAAGUCACAUAAUGGAAGAAAUAGACUGCGUCCUGGACGAAUUCGAAAAAUAUAAAAACGACGCUUUUGACAUUCAGACACUACUAAAUAUAUCAGUUUCAAACGUAAUUUGCUCAGUCUUCUUUGGUAAAAGGUUUUGUUAUGACGACACCAAAUUCAAGCGUUUGAUAGCUUUGUUAAAUAAACUGAUUGCCAGCAUUAAUGGUUCUUCGCCAGCGUUCAUUUUUCCCUGGUUGCGGCAUUUCAGAAUAUUUAACUUGGACAAAACGAUGGAGUACGCUAAUGCAAUGUUUGACUUUGUAACUGAAAUAGUCGAGGAGCACAGAGAAAGUUUUGAUGAGAACAACAUCAAUGAUUACAUCGAUGCUUAUCUUCUGGAACAAAAACAAAGAGGAAAUGCACCCGACACCACAUUCACAGAUGAACAACUCAAUCACAGUCUUCGUGACUUUUUCGUGGCGGGAACUGAGACAACUUCCACGACACUGAGGUGGGCGCUCCUGUACUUAAUUCAUCAUCAGGACUGGCAGAAGACCCUCCAGAAUGACAUUGAUGACGUCAUCGGUCAGGCACAACCUAAAAUGGAACACAAGGAUGAAUUGCCAAGGAUAGAGGCAUUCAUUCUGGAAGUCCAACGCUCGGCAAAUAUUGCACCAGUGAGUGUACCACACACAUCCAAUGAAGAUUUCAUCUACCAUGGAUACAUUUUCCCGAAAGGCGCCAUUGUGUUUGGAGCUUUAGAUUCAGUAAUGUCAGAUCCUGAAAUCUUUCCCGAACCUUCGACAUUUAAACCAGAGAGAUUUCUGAACGAUAUCGGAAAAUGCUAUGGGGAUCAGAAAACCAAGAUGAUUCCUUAUUCAAUAGGGAUGAGGUCAUGUCUGGGGGAGUCUCUCGCCAGGAUGGAACUAUUCCUGUUUUUGACCAGAUUUCUACAAAAGUUUGAAGUUGAACCUGAGGAUCCAGAUCACCUACCUUCCCUGGAUGGGACUUUAGGGAUUACCAACAUGCCACAACCCUUCAACUUAAGACUAGUCAAACGUUAGAAGCGGAUGUGUCUGUUUGAGCCGCCGUUGAAAAAAAAAAUCAAGUGUCAUGUUUCAUAGCUGGAUAUUGAGUCCAAAACAGUAGAGGUUUGAUUCGGGGUAAUUCAUUGCAACUUUAGACCAAUCCCACACAUACACUGUAGUAAACUGACCCCAAUGGAUUUUAACCCCAAAAUGAAGUAUGGACAAUUGUAUAUUACUUCAAGUAAGUGCUUUAAGAGGACUUUAAAACCAUUUUACAUCCCAAACGAAGUGACUUUGUGUAAUCAGCAAAUUGAUAUGUAAGAUUCAUCAAUAUUCAAUACCCUUGUUACAGAUUUAAAAACCCAAAGGGUUCAAAGACCCAGUUUAAGGAUUAAUGCCACAACAUACAUCUGUGAACUCAAUCAUAAAGCUAAAAGCAUUCAUCUAAGACUAUUACUUAUGACACCUACGAUUGAUAUACAUGUAAUAUGAAAUCCAUACAUAUUGUUUAAUUUCUACAAUGUAUAUAUUUUUUAUGAAGUUAAAUCGCGUGAAACUAUCUGAUCGAGAUUUGUCUUACAACUUUCAUAUUUUGUCUCUCCCAACUCUAACAAGACAACUGAACCGAAAUAUCUUCGGACAGUAGACAUGCCAAGAUUUUCUAGAAUGAACAUCUCUCAAGAUUUUCGGUUAAUUGCAACGUGGAGAACCUGGAUUCGAUAUUCGUUACCGGCGCCGCAUCAAAUCCAAGACGUUCAAAAUAGAUAAAGACUGUUAAUUCGUCAGACAUUAUAAGUGAAAGUCCCGGAUCUUUCAGAUAUAUGACCUCAAGAAAACUCAAGAGAGUUUUAAGAGGUCCUGUAUCACGCACUGGUACAAUAAAGAAUCCAUCACUGCUAUGACCUUGAGCACCAUGCAUAGGUCAAACUUUGUGGCACUUCAUCUUUAGCUGGCUGUGUUUCUAUAUUACAGAAAAAAUAUCGAAUGGGACGUUAAACCGAGUGUUGUUUUUUUUAGCCAUAAAUCGAACAAACCACAUGCCCUUCGAACUAAAAAUAUGUAAUGGUCAUCAAAAUGCCACGGAAAACCACUAGCAGGGUCAUGUCAUCUGUACUUGAAAACCAGUGAGAUUUGUUCUUUUGACUUGAAACUCAGUAGAGUCGUCUGUUAGUCAUGACUAAGUCGGACAACAAUUUAUACACAUAUAUGAAUGCUUACAGCCGAAUGACCUUGACCUUGUUCAACUUGGUAUCAUUUACAGUCAUCCAAUAGUUAUGAUAAGCAGCCUGUGGCGAUUGAUGGCUAUCAGUGAAAGACUCCCUAAGAUACCAUCCUGGACAAUGAUCGGUGUGUGUGCAUGUACAUUUAUCUAUUUUGUGCCCGUUCACGUUUUCUUCGUUAUGGCACAUCUAAUAUCCACAACAUCAAAAGAAUAGGAUCAGGUAAAAGUUCUUCGAUAUUCAGUCGGACAAAAUUGUGUUUGAUAAUUACUCAGAAGUAGUAGUCGUAUAUCACGCCUAACGAAUCGAUCGACCAACUUUGAACAGGACUAGAGUGUCUAUUCUAUCUACUCGUUUCCAUCAUAUGACUUUUGAUAUCAAUACACUACCCUUGUAGUACAUUGUAAUAAAAAUCAAAUUGCUAUGCUAUUAAACUAAGUUAUAACAGCAGCUACCUACAUUGUAGAUACACCAUGUAUAGAAUGCGUAACGAAUAUACCAGUAUAUUAGCAUUAUGAAUAUAUUUCAUUGAAGGAAAGCAUACAUAUGCAUUCGUUUAGAUGCCCAUGAAGUAAUGGGUUUCACACACAAGAAUUGUUAUUUUCCAUAUUCAGCUGUUCUGUGGCCUUUAACUGUGUAAGAUGUGAAAGAUAAUGACAAAUCAUUGGCAUUUCAUUGUAUUUUCCUUCCUUAGCAAUCUCCACUGCUUUAGAUAUGAAUGUCAAGGCAGAGGACAUGUCACCCUUGAGCUCCAUUAAACGAGCUUUGGCGACACCGUACAUCAUUUGGCGACGAUGUUCCAAUUCGUCCAAAGGAUCCAAUAAAAGAAGUCGUUCUGCCUCUUUCACAGAUUCCACGGAAACUUCAUAACAUGGUAUCAUCCUGCAGCGUUUUCCAAUACCUAAAUGACAGUAGAUCAUUCUCAAUAUAAAAAGCCUCCUCCAGAAUAUUUUCACAUCCUCAUCUUCCCUGCUAAGGUCUUGGAUACCCCGACUUGCCUCAGCCAGUAGCAGUUUCUUUAUUUUCUCGGAUGGAUGCUCCUCUAAUUCAGAAAGACGAAAAACAACGCUCUUGUAGAUCAUGUCUAUUGAUUCGAUGCAGGUGUCCGUCGCAUUGGCACAUGAAAACCCCUCUUGCAACAUGCAUCUUCCUUCGUCUUGUUUUCCAAGAGAGGACAAAACGUCUGCUUUACGUCCAUACAAAAGGACCCUAGAUAUAUUUGGAUUGCUGCUUUCGUCGAGAACGUCUUCAAUGUCUUUGAACGCCCCUCCAUAAGGAUCAAUAUCGUCGGUCUUGUUUGUGAGGGCGUCUAUUUCUGCAGCUUUUAGCGCAAUAUACCGGUCAUUCAUGUGCUGCCUUUUGGCCUCAUUUUCUUCCAUUUCUAUGCGUUGUCUCAGUCUAGCGCCUAUCAAAGAUAAAUCGCCCUGCGGAUUUUUAAAUGUGAAUUCGUGAACUUGUUUCUUGAUGAAUUUAAAGUACUGUUGUAUUGGCCUUCUGUCACCUACAGCGGCACGCGCUACUUCCUGUACAAGUUUAGUACGAUUGUACUCCUUGUAGUAUGAAAUAAGAUCGUUAGCCAACUGUAUGAAUUCUACACAAUACAGGAUGAAGACGAAUGUUUUUAAUGGAUAACGUUUUGCAACCUCGUUUGCAAGGAUUUCAUAUGAAAACAGAAAUGGCGAUUUUUCACGUUUUACGUUGAUUAAAUCAAAACACGCCUCAGAAAUAUACCCACGUUUACACAUACAGUCAAUAAGAGGCAUAGGAUCAACAUCCAGCAGCAUACUUGUAAAGAAAGCCUUUAAAAUAUCCCUUUCGAAGACAUUCAUAUAUGUUCGGUCAUCACACGAGAUUGGGACGAUAAUCCUGUCGUCCUCGAACACUUCGACUCCACUGUAAGACGCCAUGUUUGACGAAUAGCUUUAUCACCUAGCCUUC